ACGUGACCAUAACGAAAGCCGUGUAAAAGAAGUCACUGCUCUGCGUGCUGCAUUGGUUCGGCGUUCUUGUCGCGCAGGAUUUAUUUUGUGUUUUUAUUAUGUGCGUGAGUGAAGUGCUAGUGUCAAGACUUAUUGCUGUCUUCCAGACGAAUCAGGAGUACCAAUGUGACACCAAAUAAGUGAUACCAGACUGCAAGGAUGAGCGACGACAAUAGCGUCAAAGUAGCCGUUAGGAUCCGUCCAUUAAUACCCAGGGAGGUGAUAGAUAUGUGCCAUGCUUGCACCAGUGUGACCAAAGGGGAACCUCAAGUGUGGGUGGGCAAAGACAAGGCAUUUACCUUUGACCAUGUGUUCGACAGUCCAUCCCCUCAGGAACCAGUAUACGAAACAUGUGUCCACCCACUCAUCGAAGGAUGUUUUGAAGGAUUUAAUGCAACGGUCUUGGCAUAUGGCCAGACUGGCUCAGGCAAAACGUAUACCAUGGGCACCGGCUAUGAUCUGAAUAUGAACCCCCAUGAGAGGGGUAUCAUUCCCCGAGCUGUUGAACACCUCUUCCAGGGCAUUGCCCAACGUCAACAAGCGGCCAAAGAAGAAGGGAAGUCGCCACCAGAGUUUAAAGUCAACAUACAGUUCAUGGAGCUUUAUAAUGAAGAGAUUUUUGACCUGCUCAACCCAAAGGACUUUGAUGACAAGGCCAGAAGGUCGUCAAUAAAAAUUCACGAGGAUUCCAAAGGGGGUAUUUACACCCUCGGAGUAGCCACCAAAACAGUGCAAAAUGUUGAACAGGUGAUGCAGUGUUUGGAAGAAGGAGCACUGUCAAGGACAACAGCAAGUACACAGAUGAACGUCCAGUCAUCCAGGUCCCAUGCCAUCUUCACACUGCACAUCAAGCAGCAACGCGUGGUCUCAUUACCGCUCAUUGAAGGUGUUGAGACAGAGGGCUUAGAGGGUGAAGAAAUGGAAUCUAUGAGCGAGUUCGAAACUCUAACAGCGAAGUUUCACUUCGUGGACCUGGCUGGGUCAGAGAGGCUCAAACGUACGGGAGCUACUGGUGACCGUGCUAAGGAAGGCAUUUCGAUCAACUGUGGUCUGCUCGCGCUUGGCAAUGUGAUAUCUGCCCUGGGGGAUGUGACUCGCAAAGUGUCCCACGUGCCAUACCGGGAUUCCAAGCUGACGCGUCUACUACAAGACUCGCUUGGUGGAAACAGUCGCACAUUGAUGAUUGCGUGCAUCUCGCCGUGCGACCGAGACUUCAUGGAGACGCUGAACACACUUAAGUAUGCUAAUCGUGCCAAGAACAUCAAGAAUAAAAUCACUGUCAACCAAGACAAGUCUAGCCAGACAAUUACUGCGUUGAGAAGAGAGAUUCAAGUACUUCAGCUGGAACUCAUGGAGUACAAGCAGGGCAAACGUGUGGUGAACGAAGACGGUGAAGAGCAGGUGAACGACAUGUUCUACGAGAACAACAUGCUGCAGGCGGAGAACAACAAUUUCAGAACGAGAGUGAAAGCGCUGCAGGAGACGAUAGACCGGCUCACUGUCAAGAACACGGAACUGCUGGCGGAGAAAGUGACGGGAGCGUGGUUGACGUCGUCCGAUGGUGGAGACGUUAAGGACUUGGUUCAAGGCUACCUCAAGGAAGUGGAAGAACUCAGGACAAAGCUGAUGGAAUCUGAAGAGGUCUGCGCGCAGCUACGGAAGCAACUUCAGCGCUCUCAGCAGAGGUUAUCGUUAAGUCCCACAACUGCAGUAGCUGUCAGUGGAAUCUAUGAUGUCGGGAUGGAGGUGGAAACGGAUUCGAUCGACGAUGUGCUGGCAGAGGCUCGCAAAGACAUUCAAAACCUCAAGUGCAAGAAGAAGAUGCUCUCAAAGGCCCAAAAGGACGAAGAUGAAGCAGACAAAAAAUCUGAUGGCGACGAAGACACUUCCGAAGUAAAUGGCAAUGAAGAAAGUUCAGACUCUGAAGUUGACGACCUGGAGAUAGAGAAUGAGGAAUACAAAGAAGACCUGGCUGCCCUUACAACAGAGAUCUCCAUAAAGCAGAAGUUGAUUGAGCAGUUGGAGCUGGGUCAGCGGAGGUUGCACACGAUGCGCAUGCAUUAUGAGGAGAAGCUCCUCCAGUUGCAGCAAAAGAUACAGGAAACUCAGAAAGAAAGGGAUCGUGUCCUUUCCAGCAUGGCUGUAGGCAAGCAAUCUAACGACACUGAAGAGAAAGUGCGUAAGAUCAAGGGGGACUUUGAGCGCAAGCUCAAUACACUGCAAGGAGAAUUGCGGAAGAUGCAGUCGGCGCAGAAGCAGCAUGCACAGCUCAUGAAGAACCAGGCGCAGUAUGAACGUCAAAUGAGGCAGCUCAAGCAAGAGGUGGCAGAGAUGAAGAAAACGAAGGUCACCCUCAUGACUAAAAUGAAAGAUGAGACGAAACGACAUCAGGAGCAGGAGAAGCGCAAGAAUCGAGAACUGGCACAAAUGCGUAAGGAGCAGCGCCAGCGCGAGAAUCGCAUCCGGACCCUGGAGGCCGAGAACCGCACCAAGGAAGUGGUGCUGAGGCGCAAGCACGAAGAGGUGAACGCCCUGCGGCGCCUGGCACGACCCGUCUCUGGUCGCGGUGGAGCCAUCACACCUGUUACUCGAAGGACUGUUGCAGGUGCAGGUUCUCAGAAGACGUCAUUUUCACCCAAAGUGGCAAAGCAAAAAUGGCAAACCCUAGAGAAAAAUAUAGACAAAUUGGUCCUCAACAAGCAGAGUGUGUUCGUACUGGAGAGAGACAUGGAGCGCUACCUUACGAGCCGUGAAAAGUUGAGCCGGCGUCUGGAGAAGAUGUUCCUCAAAAAGCAAAGGGCGAGCAUGAACGGGAAGGAUGAGAAGUAUAUUCGUGACCUCGAGGAUGAGAUAGAAAACAUCAAUGCCAACUUGGAAUACCUGAAUGAAAGCAUCAUGGAGUGCCAGGCUGGCAUUUUGCAGGUAGAGGACACCAAAGAUGAUGUUGACUCGCUGGAUGUCAACGACCUCCUAGAUCGAACAGACACCCCAAAUACCCGCUACCUCUUGGAGAAACUCCUUCACAUGGCAGUCAACCAGAGCCUGCAGGCAGCUCAGCGGCAGCAAAUGGUGCAAGAACUGGAGGCACGCCUUCAGCAGGUGGAAGCCAACGAUGCCCUGCACCAGAACCUCCUGCAGUACACCCUCAUGAACCAGAUACACCAGGAACGUUCGUGGACAUCUGCUGUUUGUGCUGAUGAACCACCAAUGUUACCUCCACCACCCGACAGUGCAUCCAGUUCACGGUCUGCAUCUCCGGUUGAAUUAUCAGCAGCCGAGACGUACAGCAACCUUGCCAUCGCAGCAGGUGAUGCACCAUGCAGGAAAAGCAAGUUGAGACGGAAGACAGCAACACCGCAAGAACUUCUUUAUGCGACUUCCAACGAUGCCUCACUGCCUUCUUUACCUGCAAUCACGGAUCAAGAUGAGGUGGAAACAGAUCCCUCCAAGCCUAUGCCGCCUGUACCACUCUCAAUGGUCAUGUCUUGUACGGAUGGGGACUGCUUCAAUCUUGGCCCCGACGGAAAGCUGCACAGGGUUUCCAGCGCACCAGGAUCUCUCAAGGAGGUGGGGCAAGAGGUGGUGGUGGGGACACCAAGGGCUGGACGCGGCCCUUACGCCCGCCGCAAACUGAAUGACCGUCGCUUGCCUCCUGACAUUUCACCCCUGCUUCGAAGAAAGUUCGCUAACAAUAUAGCGAGCCAUAAAAUAGAGUCAAACGCAGACUCCACUCCGCCACCGUCUCCCCCGAUGGGGCAGAGGAAUCGAGGACACAAUGUCUUUUCUAGGUUGACUAGCACGACGACAAAUCCUGUAACGAAACCGGACAGGGGAGUAAUCAGCGUUUUUGCUGGAAAGCCAACCUACACAAAAUCUUCGCCACUUGUGUGCACACACGUUGCUGAGGGCCACAGCAAAGCUGUCUUGUCCCUCGCUGUCACAGAUGAUGUCCUCUUCAGCAGCUCCAAAGACCGUACAGUCAAGAUCUGGAACUUGCACACUGGUCAGGAAAUCCAAAGCUUACGUGGACAUCCGGAUAAUGUGGUUGCUGUGCGAUACAAUGAAUACACGAGGCUCACGUUCUCUGUCUCCACGGCAUUCAUCAAGGUCUGGGAUGUCCGAGAGAAUCCAGCCAAGUGUGUGCGCACCCUCUUCUCUUCCGGUCAGGCGAGCAGUGGGCCAGCGUUACCGGACACUGCCUCUCGCAGCCUCCAAAUCCCUCAGGGCGAGACACGGAUCAAUGCCAUUGAGCUGAACCACUAUGGGAACCUGCUCUUCUCCGCUGCUUCUAAUAUUGUGCGGAUAUGGGACCUCAGAAGGUACGCAUGUGUGGGAAAGUUAGCGGGUGGCCACCAGGCAGCGGUGAUGUGCAUGGCCGUAGAUGAUGCGGAGGUUGACUCCAGCACGGUGGUUACUGGAUCUAAGGAUCAUUAUAUUAAGGUGUUCGAGAUUCCCGAAAGUGGCUGUGGGGUACUCACUCCCAAGAUGAACUUGGAACCCCCACAUUAUGAUGGUAUCCAGAGCUUGGCCCUGUGCAAUGACUAUCUGUUUUCUGGAUCUCGGGACAUGUGCAUUAAAAAGUGGGACCUCUCUGGACGGUGUCUCGUGCAGUCUGUGAAUCAGGCUCACAAGGACUGGGUAUGUGCUCUCAGCUUUCUGCCCAACGUGGGGGGUCCACCUGUCCUCUUAAGCAGCUGUAGGGGGGGUAUGCUGAAGCUGUGGAAUGCCGACAACUGUCACCUCAUGGGGGAACUUCGAGCCCAUUCUUCCCCUAUCAAUGCCAUUGCUGUCAACUCGACCUGUGUCUUCACUGCUUCCAACACGUCCUGUAAGUCCUUCAUCCCUGACCAUUCCAUCCGUAUCUGGCAACUUCGGAACGACCUCUCGCCGGAGAUCUGUGACUACUGAAGUGGACCUUGCCAGGGAAGCAUUGGCUGCCAAGUCUUUCAUUUUUAUUUAAGUUAUUAGCACAAUCAUGUUGUUUGAUUAUCGAGAAGAGUUCAGCUACCUCUGACUAGAAGUUAAAAUUACUAACAACAACUCUGUUUGCACGAUACGAAUGACGCUCCCGAUGCUACACUUUUAAUGUGCAUUUUGGAAAUGUCCACCUUUCUUUAAUAUAUAUAUAUAUAUAUACACAUAUGUUGCACGCUUAUUUAUUUUGUUCAUAGCUCACGCUUGCAUUUGCCAUCGCCAUGUAAUUUAUUUGCUAACGGAAACCGCAUAACUUAACCUAGAUGUUCUAAUUUUCUUGUAGGUAGUGAGAGUAAUUGAAUGAUAUGCUUGUAAUGGGCAGCUGAAUUGGAAGUGUGUUCAGCAUAGUGGUCUGGCAAGGAUGCCAACAAAAGCUGCGGGUAGCAAAUCGUACCUGCUGAUGUUGUGUGGAGUUUGGUGAAUUUUAAUUUAAUUUUACUGAGCUUGGUUGUAAUGGCACAACGCAUGCCACACUCCUUUCUAAUGCUCGUAAAAUGGUGGUAGCCGUGCAGUUCUUUGCUGUGUUCACGAUAGGAGACCAAGCAAUUUUUACAUUCCAUAGGUAAGAGAAAAUGUGCCUGUAUAGUAACGUGCUGCGUGUAUCUGUAUACUAGAGUGUGUACUUCACCAAAAAAUGACAUUCCAAUGAAAACCUGUACCUUAGACCAAGUUAUGUACAUAUAUAUUUACAACUGUGCUGGAAUAGAGUAGUUAUUAAAGUAGUAACUAUAAACCUU